UAGAUGAAAAUUUUAAUCCAAAAAUUUCUGAUUUUGGUCUUGCUAAGUUGUGCUCCAAGGAUCAAAGUGCAGUGUCCAUGACUGUAGCCAGGGGUACUAUGGGUUACAUUGCACCUGAAGUCUUCUCUAGGAACUUUGGAAAUGUUUCUUACAAAUCAGAUGUCUAUAGUUUUAGAAUUUUAUUGCUUGAAGUAGUUGGAGGAAGGAAAAAUGUUGAGAAUAAAGUAAAUAACACUAAUCAAGUUUACUUUCCAGAAUGGAUCUACAAUUUCUUGGAACAAAAAGAAGACUUACGAGUCCUCAUUGAGGAUGAUGAAGAUGCUAAAAUUGCAAAAAAACUUGCAAUUGUUGGACUUUGGUGCAUCCAAUGGCACCCAGCGAGUCGUCCUUCUAUGAAAGUUGUCACUCAAAUGUUGGAAGGAGGGAAUGAAUUAACUAUGCCUCCUAAUCCAUUUGGCUCGACAAAUCCCACAAGAAUGAAUCUAGACCAAAAGUUUGAUGUCAUCCCGGAACAAGAGUAAUGAUCAUUCAGGUUUCAAUCAUAUUGUACUCGAGGAUUAGAACUAUUAAUCUUUCCCCUUUUCCUUUCUUUUCUAUAACCUUAAAGUGAAAAUCUUUUUAGUUUUAGUCGCAGUACCACUACGUACGCACGUUUGAUGGUCAGGAUUUCUUGCAAAAGAAGAAUGUUCUAUAAAUUAAGUACACAUUAUGUACUUCUAGCAAAAAAUAUUACUAUUAUGGAUUU